GGAAACAACCUUUCUAUAAAUUUACAUAUUUUCAUUUUUAUCCCCUCAACUUUCCAUAUUUCUUCCCUUUCCCAAAAUUCAAACCACUAUUUAAACUUCAUCAUCUCAUUUCCUUCUUCUUCUUCUUCUUCUUCACCCCUUCUCCAAGAUCAAAACAAGCCCUAGCGAUUUUUCUGUCUCUUGUUCGGUGCAAUGGGUCAGAUUCAGUACUCUGAGAAGUACUUUGAUGAUAUCUAUGAGUACAGGCAUGUGGUGCUUACUCCUGAAGUGGCGAAACUUCUCCCCAAGAAUCGCCUUCUUUCUGAAAAUGAAUGGAGAGCAAUCGGCGUUCAACAAAGCCGUGGAUGGGUUCAUUAUGCAAUUCAUCGCCCAGAGCCGCACAUAAUGUUGUUCAGAAGGCCACUCAACUAUCAACAGCAGCAAGAGAAUCAAGCACAACAGCAGAUUUUGGCCAAGUAAUUGGUUUAUUAUCCUUUUCUUUUUUUUUUCUUUUUUCUUUUUUUUUUCUUUUUUUUUUGUUACUUUAGACACACUAUAAUGAGAAAUAUCUCACUACAAAACCAAAAAAAAAGAACAAAAAAAAUAAUUAAGUGUUUGUGGUUUGUUGUGUAGUGUAGUUCCCUUCUCCAAUUUGGAGAAGCUUUGUGGCCCAGUUAGAUCUUUGUCAGUCAUAAUCAAUUCCCCACCAUUGUUGAUGAAUUUGUGGUUUUAAUUUGCUUUUGUUAUAAGCAUGGUUCUUAUCUUCUCUU